AGUUUUAUCAGUCGCUGAAUCGAAGAGGUACGAGCCUCGGGUGCGUGGAACCUGUUGCUGUUCGUCGAAGCCGAACGGCAGCAGCACAACAACAAACGAACAGGUCAACGGGGAAGCGUUGCACAGGUCGGUCGAGAAGCACAUCUCCGUAGACUAUGCAACGCAUGAUGUAGUUCACGCAGACAAGCAGACAUACAUCCGUGUUUCUUGUUACCGCGAUCGCACACCGCAGCCAUGAAAGGUGUCGCGUGCCCUCACUGCACGUUCAUCAACCCGCCGAGCAGAAUAAAGUGCGGCAUGUGCCUUCGGCUGCUGCGCAAGCGCGAGCGCUCCGCCAACACAAAUGACACAAAGAAGGCCAAAAAGAUCCCCGACAAAGCCAAAAACGUGUCCUCGCCAUCGGCUGCCUCUUCUUCACCAGCGGAGUCAACACAACAGAGCGAUGUCGGUCCUUCUCAGCGUCAAAAGGAAACAACAGGUGAAGGCGACGGCGAAUCGCACGAGGCGACAGCGGUGAUGACACAGGAAGAGCGGCAACAGCUCGACGAUCCACCGUUGCAUCCAUCGGAUGCAACGCAGAGUACCAAUGGAGCUCCUGCGGAUCCGGCUCCGCCUUCUUUUCCAUCGCUGCUCCCUCCGCCGGCGUCUGCGGUGCCGACUCUUUUCUUCACUGCCUCCGGCAAGGCGGUCACGGUGCGGCGCGAGUCGCUGCAGAAGGCGGCGGAGCGGCUGGAGAGUACGUCCUUCUCUCCCCCGCCGGCGUCCGAGCCGCUGGUCGCAACGCUGUUCGAAACGGCAAGUGGGAAGAGGGUCACCGUCCACAAGGACUCCAUAGAGAAGGCGAGGCAAUCGUUUGAGAGUGCUGACAAGGCCGAGGCGCAGUCCCUUCACACCAUUUCCACGCUCUUCGAAACAGCUGCGGGAACCGCGGUGCGCGUGUCGGAGGCGUCAUUGCGCAGGGCACGCGAAAAACUCGAAGACGGGGAGAGGGGAGCAUCAGAGGACUGCACCGCUUCGCUGAAGGCCUCGGCAGGUGACACCGCCACCGCAGACGAGACGGAAACCCCGUCCGACAAUUCCGUGCCCAGUGUCAACCGAAGGAGUUCACCGCUAUUGGGCCUCUCGGCUGGGCGUCGAAGGGGCUUUGUGCCCCCGCAGCAACGUCUCGGCCCGGACCCCACAGCACGACCACGCGAAAUGGUCGCUCCAUCUUCUGCGAGCGCCGCCGUACUUCCUCCGAGCACACGACUUGAGCCCCUCCGCUUCACGUGUCGGUCGUGCGCGUGCCCCACCAUCUCUCCCGCCCCUUCCUUAGCGGCGAUCAUGUCAGAGGAAUUUUGUUUCAGCGCAGAGGAAUGCGGCCCGACGCUGUCUCUCUUAUUGGGUGUGCGGGAGACGCAGUCGGCGCGGGUGCCGCAGUGGCACGCCGGCAUGCUGAAGCUCGGUGCGAGUGGCAGACACUGCACCGUCGACUGGUGCCGCCACGCGCUUCUCUCCGCCAUGUUCCGCGUGUCGUGCGCGUCUCGCUCAGCGCCGGCUGCAACGAACGUCUUCAGCGCCGAGUCGGUGCUGCUGUGUCUCCUGCAGGCGUACAACACGGAGAUGGUGGACGGCGAGCGCCCGUCUCUGCGCAGAAUGGUCGAAGGCGACAUGCCCAGCGCCUCCCUCGUGGUGCUGUACCUCAGCUCGAUUCGGGAGGAGCGCGGCACCCCGCACACGCGCCUCGUCACCCUCUCCGAUGGUAUUUAUCACAUGAAGGUGACGUGCGACGUCCCGCUCAGCAACCUUCUCCGUGAAGGCGUCCUGCGCCCUGGACAGAAGCUAGCGGUGUGUGGAGCGAAGUCGCUGCUACACGGUCAGUACAGUCCCACCGAGUGCGACACGCAGUCGGUUCUCGCUAUCAACUACAACUGCGUGCGGGCGGUGUCGCCGCAGGUACCGCUGGGCGUCUGCCACGGCGAGCCGCCGCCGCUGCCGCUCUCGCUCGUGCACCCGCUGGGCGGCUUGGUGCCUGCCAUCGAAGGCGUCGUCGCACGCGUGCUGCCGCCGUUUUACAUGACGCAGGUGAACCAGAGCGUCGCCGCUGCCGAAGACGGCGGCCGACCUGCACGCGAGCGCGCCAUUCGGGCCGUUCGCAGCAGCCACGCCCAACUCCACGUCACCGACCGCCUGCACCGUACGAUGGAGGGGGUCGAGAGUGCGGCGGAGACGCGGCAGCUCUCCCGCAUAACAUCCCUGCUGAUUGUGAAGGACGGCACCGAGGCCCUGGUGCAGCAGUGGGAGACUGUAGAGGAGCGCAGUUUGCUGACCGAGGACGACGAGGGCCUGUCGCUGCCAAUGGAGGGCAGCUGGGUGACGCUGUACGCUGUGAACCCGGCCAAGUCGCGCACCGCCGCCGCGCCCUUCCCCCACGCAAAACUUUUCUUUUCUGCUCGCACGUUGCACUUUGUGCCGUCGAAGCGGCCGCUGCAACACCUGCGGCAGGUGUGGGCGACGACGGCGGGGAAGAGCACCGCCGUCAGCGUGGGCUGUGCGGCCGACGUGUGCGGGCUCUUUGUGGGCCACCACAAAAACGAGCAAGGUUCUUUUGUGCUGCUGCUGCUGCAGGACAGCACGUACGCCGUGCUGCAGAUACCCGUGCCGUCGGUGGGCCGUGAGUUGUCCUUUCCCAUCCCGACGACCGAGAGGACGCCGCUGCUGCUGCUCAACACAACAUUCCUCACCACCGAGGACUCCGUCGCCGGGUCGGACUGCUGUCGUCUUUUUGCGAGCGAGUACACCGUGGUGGUGCAGCGAAGCACGCAGAGUAAUCUGAAGGAGGCGAUGGAGCGGGCCGCGUCCCUUCAAGCAGCGGUGGAGGCCGCUCCGCAGAAGUACGCGGCUCGCAAGGCGGAGAUUUUUCGCUGCCUGGACGAGGGCGAGGCAGGCGCCGGUGGCGGCACCGCCUCCUGUGCACCGCGAAGUUCGUACGUCUCGACCGAAGUCCCACAGGACGGCGGAUUCAGCGAGACCGUCGGCAGCCCCACGACGGGUGCCGGCAGCAUCGACGGCGGUGACCGCAGCGGGUUCCCGUCGGCAGCUUCUGUGCUGUCCAAGGAGGGGCGACUUCCGUACUACCUCCGCCAAGGGAACGGCAACGGUGGCCGCAGGCUGCAUGGCGUGUUCAUCCCUUCCGCACCGCACGCCAGCACCACCGCUACUCCGAUGUCGGCCGCACCAGCGGUGGCGUCCACCACGCCAUCUGCUCGUGUGGUCACUGCCGGCGGAGGAGGACCAAGCAGCAGUCGUCACUACGGCAACAUCAGCGAUUUCAUGUUUGUGUACGACCCACGGCUGAACCGCCGGGCGUGGCACCCGCUGGAGGACCCUUUGCCAGCCGAUCCGACCGCCUCUCUGCCUCUGCCAUCUAGCAGCACACGGCAACGCGAUGACUUCCGUUACGUGCAACUGUGCUGGUCCGUGUCGGCCGACUCCGCAGACGAUCUGACGAGCAGAGUGGAGGAGAGGCGGACUCUGAACAACCUCAUGGAGGCGGUGUGCCCCCUGCACGAGUUGUGCUCGCUAAUAGCGGAUGAGCGGCAUAUCGACGUCUCGCUGCAGCGGAGCGAGCGAAUCGCCCGGUGGCGCAAAGAGAGCCACGAGGACGUGUGGUGGCGCCUCUUCGCCGAGUCGCGCUUGUUGACGUCGGCGAGCGAACUGAGUGGCGGCGCGGAGGCCUUUCUGUGGUGGCUGCCGGGCGAGUGGGAGGAAGCCACGAGGACCAUCAGUGCGAAACUAAGAACGGCAUUUUUUUUUCUUCUCGGUUCACAGCGAUGCUCUCCGCCAUGCGCGCCUCAUCUCUGA